AUGCUUCCGCUCGCGUCCUCCCCGCCGACCCUCCACCGUCGCCCUCCUCCCCUCAGCCCUCUGCGCCGCUCCCGCUCCCCGACAGCCCUUCCGCCUCCUCUCGCGCGCCGCCGCACGCAACUCGCGUCUCUCGUCCCUUCCUCCAUCGCCGCCCUCUUCUCCGCCCUCUGCCGCGCCCGCAACUUCGGCGCCGUCUCCGACCUGCUGCACCUCCUCAUCGCCGCCGGCCGCGCCCCCGACCUCCCCCUCUACCACACGCUGAUCCGCGCGCUCUGCGACGCCGGGAUGGGCCAGGAGGGGCUCCGGAUAUUCGGCGAGAUCAAGGCCAGGGGAUACGCCCCCGACACCGUCGCCUACACCACCAUGAUCGACGGGCUGUGCAAGAUGGGCAGGAUGGCCGACGCGCGGACGCUCUGGGACGAGAUGCUCCGCAAGGGUCUCGCGCCGAACGAGUACACGUACAAUGCGCUCGCCGACGGAUGCUGCAAGGCCGGGGAUUUGGACGGUGCCCGGAAGGUGUACGACGAAAUGCUCGCGAGAGGGUACGGAGAGAGCACCGUCAGUUGCAACACUAUGAUCGCGGGGUUUUGCCUGCACGGAAGGAUGGGCGAAGCGACCAAGGCGUUCGAUCAAAUGGCCGAGAAGGGGAUUCCGCGUGACGUGAUAACCUACAACACAUUGAUCCAGGGAUUCUGCAGGGACGGAAGGACGAGCGAGGCUUCGAAGCUUUACCAGGAGUUGCUAUCGGUCGGUUUGGAGCCCAGUGUUUCCACUUACACGCCGUUGAUCCGAGCAAAGUGUGAGGAAGGAAACGUAGUCGAGGCGAUCGAUUUGAUGAGAACGAUGCAAGCGAAGGAUUUGGAGCCUUUGGUUUGUACGAACGAUUACAUCAUCGCUGGGUUUUGCAAGAUGGGAAAGGCUGAGGAGGGCAUGGCAUGGCUGGUCGGUAUGUUGGAUAAAAACCUGAAGCCACGAGCGGAAACCGUUAACUCUUUGGUGAAAUCCCUCAGUUUGCACGGUCGGACCGACGACGUGUUUCUGAUGCUAAGUGCUAUGUUCGAAAUUGGCUACAAUCUUACAACUUCGGUUUGCUCCACACUUGUUAAUCAGCUGUGCGAGGGUAACUUAAGCCGUGCUGUUGAGGAUUUGAACGAGAUCUUAGUGAGCAACUAGUUGCAUAUUCGGGGGCCAUGCAACUUCUCUCGCAACUGAUGCAACUCUUGCAGGAAAUACAGUUUACAUCUUUUCAGGGUGCAAAGAAGAGCGGACGGUGCCGAACUGGCAAUGCACUCGCAUACGGUUCUGAUCUUCUUCCUCUGCUUACUGGAAAGUCAUGGACUUCACUUUGAAUAAUGUGGUCAAAUUUGGAAGAGGGAAAAGCCGUGCUAGCGGUAAUAAGGGGUAGAUUUAUCUCAGGAAAGACAAAACCGGCUAUGAGCUUUGGAGCUGUUGUAGUAAGUGUAGCGCCCAAUCUCCUGCAACAGGCUCUCCCGGUAUGCGAGGAGUUUAGUACCACAUUAUGCGGACGGGAGGAACAGUAGUGAGGUGUAUUACGUAUUCAAUAAAUUGGACAAUUUGCAGAAUAUCAUGUUAGAGUUGGCUGGCGGUGUGCUACGAUUUGUCUCGAAGGUAUAAUUCUGCAGUUUGAUUUGAAUGUUUAAUUUUGGACCCUGAUUUAGUUUCUUGGCGAUCUUCUUGGGGCAUUCAAUCUGCUUAUGAUUUUUCGCCAAGCUGUUGCUGUCAGAUUUAUCUAUAAGUGGCAUCUGAUGGAGGUCUCAUGUCGUAAUAACAUCGAACAAUCAGGAUAGGAUAAAUCACUUUUUACAUGGAAUUUGGUAUUUCGACAAAACGGAGUUAUCAUGACUUCAAUACUAAUAUGCUGUAAAAGUGAUCUGUAUCUUCUUAUUGAGUACAAGUUCUGAAGUCUAUAACACGUAGCCAUAGAAAAUAUUUCUGAUGUGUAAAGAUUGUGGAGCACAAAUAAGAAGCCCUAGUUUGGAUAGAAAAAGAGUUCAUCUUUUGUUUGUUCACCUGAGACAUCCAUGCUAUUGCUUAUUAAUGGUUGCCUUACCAUUUUCACAUUGGCCUUAGGUCAAUCUGUGGUGUCCUUUUGUGCAAUUCCAGGCUAGUGCUUUUCUGUAAUUUGUUGGGCUUUAAGUCUAAGGUGUUGCUGUUACGUCUGAUA